UGAAGAUGUAAAAUCACUCAUAAAAAAAUGUAACGUCGUGUAUUACCAAAUGUAAUUAAUGGUAUGAGAUUAGACAGAGUAUAUUAUAACCAAAUGUAAGCCCUCUAACUAAAGAAACACCCAAUUAAACCCCUCAAGUUUACAAAAACGUUCAAUUAUCUAAUUUAAUAGGUUGUCUUAAGGUUAUCCGGUCACCAGUAUCAUUUUUAUUGUCUUUCAUUUUCCUUUUCUUUUUUUCUCCUCCUCUUCUUUAUUCUUCCGCCACCAUCCCUUCUGUAUUCUUACUUCUUCUCUAUUCUAACAGCCAUGACCCAGCCAGUUUUCUUCUUUCUCCCCCCUUCUUUCUCCUCGAACCAAGACUUCUCCUCCGACCCGUCUUUUCCUCUUCAUGUUUUUGCUUUCACCCCACGCUUUUUUAUUUCUUUCUUCGCCGUAUCCGGCACGGAGGUUAUGUCGCCAUCGCUGAUGAGGAAUUUCCGCUACCGUGGCAGAAGUGAAUGUCGUGUACCUAAGUUACCCUCCCCGUCGGUUGGUUCUGCUACUCCCUUAGCAGCUGUAUUUCUUAAUGAAAAAGGAAAGAAAACAAUGGAGGUGAAUGGAGUGGAACCAUGGAAGAGGAGAAGAUCUGGGGAUAAUGUCGGGCGGGUAGAAGAAGAAGAAAGGAGAGAAAGUAGGAAAAAAGGAAGAAGAUCUGGGAGUGGGUCACAGCUGGAAGAGUUGGCGGAAGAACGGAAGAAUAAAGAAAGGAGAGAAGGAAAGAAAAAGCAAAAACAAGAUAGAAAAGAAAAUAAACAAAAUGAAAAAUAAAUAAAAAGGAUCCACGUAGGAUUAAUAACCGGGUAACCGGAAGGUAACUUAUUAAACUUCACAAUUGAAUGUUUUUGUAAACUUGAGGGGUUUAAUUGAGUGUUUCUUUAGUUAGAGGACUUAAUUGAUUUUUUUGAUAUAGUUGGAGGCCAAUUUGACAGUUUUCCAUUAAUUAUAUGUAUU